GUAACUGAUGCUUUGUCAUACCCCCCUAGUUCUGAGGUAAAUACAGACGUUUGGUUCCCGACUCAUUGACGGCAGCUAGCUCAUACGGAUAGCGUAGCAAGCUAGUAGGCGUGCUAGCCCAACAUAAGCAGCCUUUUCCCUGUUUUGUGCUUUGACAAUCCAAGACAAAUCCUCAUAUUUGGCUGGCUGCAGUUGGUGUGUCUGCCAAGGAGCUUUCUUGGUCAUGAGAGAGGCUGAGUUGGGUUUGAGUGCGCAUUGUUGUUGGUGUUUCAUCAUUACUAGACUGGUAGUUAGAUUUGGGGUGGGGAUGACAGGAUCCAAUGCGUCGGUUCUGGAAGAAAACCUCCUCACACACACGUAGCUAGCCACAUCUGGAUGCUGACAGCAUGAGCUGCGACUUCGUGUGACAAUGCAUAACUCCCCUCUUUUCCAGUACCUGCAUGAUCUAGGGCACACAGACUUUGAGGUAUGUCCAGCGGCAUCACAGGAGGAAGAGGAAUAUGGCGGACAAGAGGGAGACCUCACUUCUCCGGAUGAGGAGCCACAGAAAACCUCCGGAGGACGCUUAUGGAGACUGGCUGAAGCUCUGUGGAGAUGGAGUCCCAUUCACCAGACGGCUGCAUCUCGUCAGCUGGGCCAGCAGCUGGACUGCGUGUUCGGCCAGUACUCGGUGAGGUGCAUUCUGGAUCAGGACGUGCUGCUGCAGGAGGAUGUGGAGCUGAUCGAGCUCUUAGACCCGAGUCUGCUCACCCUCGGCUCGGCUCCCUCUGGCUCAUCCAUCCGAGCAAACACCCUGCCCAGACUGAGCCUCAUAGCCAGGCCCUCCCUAUGGGACAUGGCAGGGCUGGUCAGCCUGGCUGCAGUGCUGCUGGGUCUCUGCUCCACAUCUGAGGGCUUGUGGUCUCUGGCUGCAGCCCCGUGGGGCCUGGCACUGCUGGGCUGGGUGGGGCUGAGGGGCGUCAUGCUGUGGAGACAGGGACGCAUGCAGAGAGCCGUCCACGCCCAGGCCAUGCAGCUCCAGAUUCUGGUCCACAAUGGCAAGACGCUGACCGGACUGUCUCGCAAAGCUCUGCGGCUGGUGCAGGAGACGGAGGUCAUCUCCAGAGGAUUCACCCUUUUGCUCGACAGGGUGAGUGCGGCCAGCUCCUUUAGCAGGGCGGGGCCGGGGGCAAUGCCACGAGGACAGCAGCUGAUCGGACUGAGGAAGACCCUGUACCGGGCGCUCCGCUCGGCCUUCAGAGCCUCGCGAAGAGCCACCUGCCACAUGCUCAAGGCAUUCCCACUGAACUCUGAGAUCGAUAAUGUGACCAACUAUGUGUCUGCGGUGCCUUUGAAGGAGCUGGGCCUCGGCCUGGGUAUUGAGCACCUGAGUGACGAGCAGGCUCAGGAGCUGACAGAUGACUACAGCCUGCCUGCCCUGAAGAUGCUGUUCCAGCUGUGGGUGGGACAAAGCUCUGAAUGUUUCCGUCGGUUGGCUCUCCUCCUGUCGCCUCGAAGAAUAGAGGAGCCAGGUGAGGGCGAGCCCAAAGGAGACACCUCCCAUCCUCCUCCACCUCCUCCACCCCCGCUGCACCAGUCCAUCGCCGCAGUGACCGAGCCCCUCCACCACGCUCUGGCCAGCUGCCUCUGCGAGGUGCAGCGCAGCUACGACUUCCACCGACACUUUGAGACCCAGCUGAGGACGACGGGCUCCGACAGAAUGGGGAGAGUCAGGGAGAAAUGUCGCGAACUCAACAUCCUGCACACCUCCAUCCGAAGCCUGCAGCUGCACCUCAAGGCCCUGCUCAGCGAGAUGAUCAUACUGGAGGACGACCUGGAGAAACUAAUGGUGUCCAAGGAACCGACAGAGUUGACGUUCGAGGGCUACCAGGACCUCAGUGACCGGCUGCACCAGCUGCAUCCUCACAUGCAGGCCAGCAAUGGCUGCUGGGAGGACACCAUCAGCCAGGUGGAGCGCAUGCUGAGACGUGCCAACGCCUGCCCAGGCAAUGCUGCAUGUCUGGAGCAGUGUGGUCCCCCUGUACCUGAGAUUCCUCCUCCUCCUCCUCCUCCAUCCUACCCAUUGAUCCUGGACAGAGACCCUGUGCCAGAAGAGCUGGAGUGGGAGGCCUAUGUGUCAGACUCGGAUUCUGAUGGCGAAGGCGGAGGGUCCUGGUCUGACAUGUUGUCACCGGAGGAACGGGAGCGGCAGCGGCGGGAGAGGGAGGAGUCCCGCCGUGUCCUGUCAGAGCUCAAGGCUGUGCUGGGCUUCCGUGCGUCAGAAGGGGAGAGGAUGAAGAGGAAGCAGCUGCUCUUCAAUGACCAAGCUGCUGUGAUGCCUUCAGCUCGCAGUGAGAGUUCAGAUCCCGCCUCAAAGACGUCAGACGCCCCCUCUUCUCUGGGAUCAGUUGAAGCUGGCAACGAAGAAGGAAACCACCUUUCAGGGUGUCCUGCGGGAAAGGAAGGGGAGGAAGAGGAAGGAAGAGAUGGCAGGGUGAGGCCUGACCCCACCACAGAGUCGGUGACCGAGUUCAGCUGCGGCUCGGAGGCGAAGGAAGAGGAGCUGGGAGGAACUUCGGUGUGUAGAAGAGGAGGAGGAGGAGCCUCUGAGCUGCACCAAUAUGACGGCGUCCUGGAGGAGGGGGAGGGCCAAAACGGCCUGGACUGCUUCCUGAGCCCUAAAGUCCCUGCUGUCUCUGUAAUGGACAGACUGACAGAGAUCCACGGCUCGGAGGCUCUCAGCUUCAGCUCUGCCCUCGCCGCUCAGGUGGCGGCGCGCUCGCACUCGCUCAUCAACAUGGAGGAGCAGACGUUCGGAGAUGAUGAGGAGGAGGAGGAGGAGGAGGAAGAGGAGAAGGAUGAAGCAGAGGGUGACGGACAAACCCCUGAGAAGGACUAAAAUGAAACCCUGCUGCUUUAAGGAAGCACUGAGCAGAGACUGUAUUUAUGUCUGAUUGUCUUGGGUGUCUUUUAUCGAUGGGUCUUGUGUCACAUCUUAACCGUCUCUGGUGUGGAGGUGUCUCACACUUACGCCGCUCUCUGUUACCCAUCCGUCCACGUGUACGUUACCCACAAUUCUUACUGCUCUUUUGCUGUUAAAACUCAGGUACCAGAACCACUAAAACAAAACAUGACCUCAUGGUGUUAAGGUCAGAAGACCAGAAUGUCUACAGUUUACUUGGUGAUAUCCACACAGUGUAUAUUGUUCACAGUCACAAUCACAAUUAUAAGAAACAAGCAAUUGGUUCCAUACAUAAAAAAUAAGAUUAAUGCUUAUAAUCUUUAAUAAGAUUAUCCUUGACAAGAUAUUUUAAUUGCGGUUUUCUCAUAAGUCAGGGCACUGCAGUCUGUGUUGCUGUGAGGAAGUUAUGAGCUGAAUGAGUGAGGUUGAGAGCGUUAUUCUGCAAAACGACGAGGAUUGUCUGUGCUCAGACAGAACGCCAAGCUAAUUGUGAUCAGACGCAAAUUUCAAGACCUGUCUGCGCCAUUUUAAAAUGUUUCAUCUCACGGUGAAAUGUUAGGUUUAUCCCGGGACUUUGUGAAAUGUAUGAAGAAAAGUAAAUAAGCAAAACAGCGAGUGUAUCGGGGGGGUUAAACAAACACAGGCCCACUCCCACAGGCAGAGUCUUUGUAUUCUUUGCUUGCUUAAAGAUCUGCAAUGUAUCACUCAGUGGUGGAAGUAUUCAAUUCUUUUACUUAAAUAAAAGUAGCUAAAACUUACCAAAAUGUAAAAGUCCUUCAUUCAGAAUCCGACUGAAACUAAUUUACUGUCAGCAAAACGUAGUUUGUUUGUUUGUAAGACAAACUUUUAAAAUUUUUUUAUAAUUUUUCAGGGGUUCAGUACAUGAGGACUUUCUGCUUUGCACCACUGCGGAUGGUAAACUGGAUGUUUGGGUCAAUUAAACACAAUCCACAAAUGACAUGGGGUGAAAAUUGACUUUGCUUUCUGUCUGAGCACACCUCAAGAAGAGGGUUGAACACACACAUGCACACACACAUAUACAAAGCAUGAGAGGGAGCUGUGCAAGAAGAGGAAGUCAGAUGCUAUUUUUACUAUCAGUGCUUUAUUUUUAUCCAUCUCUCUACUGUGUGACUGGACACAAUGGUGGGGGUGCGGGGGGGAACCACACAUUCACAAUCCUUUUUUGAAUGACAUGUUAGGAAUACAACACUAUUGUGUCUAUGAAGAAUUCAAAACAGUCCCAUUUCUCAGCGUCUGUGUUCACAGGAGCACACUGAGCAGAACAUUAAAGAAGACUUGCUUAUGACUUGGCACUUUAUGAGGUUUGAAUUUAAAGAAUUGUGCUGUGCUGAAUCAAAUACCCAUACGGGUGUAAUAAUGGAAAAAAUAAAAUUGAUUUUCUCUCAUGUGAGGGCAAUCUAUAACUUUUAUGUUUCAUAUGAAGUUGCCAUAAGAGUCUGACAGCUCUCAUGUAUGCCACCACCUCCUUCACCUUCCCAGUCUUUCUUGCCACCACGUCUGCCUGGUCCUGACCCCUCUUUCACCCUCUCUUUGGAGUGAGGUCUACCCCUCCUGCAUUUUUCCACUGUGAAAUAAAAAACCAUUCUGGAAGUGUU